AUGUACCAAUCAAGGGCGGAGGAGAAUCACGACGGAGGGCCUCUGGCGAUGAGCGCCGAUUCUCGCAAUCGGGAGCCUGUACAGUCGAAUGACGAGCUGUGCCUUCUUCGCGCUGAAGCCGGGGAGUCGAAGAAUGCCCUACUUGAUGCUCGUGAGAUGGCUGAGAGAGCUCAAGAUCGUGCGGUCGCUACGACUGAGACUGCUGAGCGAGAUCGACGUGAGCAGCGGGUAAUGGUUGAGCGCCUAGACGACCGCGUUAGGAGAACCCCAGCAGAUCGAUUCUGCACGCGUUCGAGUAGGACUUGUUCCCAGUCGUCAUCAAGGCGUGUCGGAUGUGAGCCGGCACAGAGGAGCGGGGAAGAUUCGAAGGAAGAUCCGCCGGUAGGUAAGCUUUGA